UCCAAUUGCAUUUUGUUUUCUGCUCUCCGCGAGAGCGUUGUUUUAAAUUCCCUGCCAGAGGAAAGCUCUCAUAGUCAUGCUCGAGAGGCGAGCAGCGAAGAGAUUCAUCUGAAAUUCUAGUUUUUCAAAAAAUGGAACCACCGCUCUCCAAACCAGAAUGCAAAACCAUGGACUCGUGUCUGAGGCGACUGAAGCAAGAACUGCUGUGCAUGAAAGAAGCCGGAGAUGGCCUCCACGAACAGAUGAAUUCAAUGAUGGGAGCCCUUCAGGAACUCAAGCUCCUUCAGGUUCAGACAGCGCUAGAAAACCUCGACAUUUCAGGUCGGCCAAUAAACCGAGGACUCCAGCAUUCAGCUUCCCCUGAAGCGUCAGCUACAGCAACUUCAACCUCGGGCAAGGAUUGUGGGCGCUGCUUUAGCCAAACCACGCCCGAGGAGUCCAGCAUGAGUCUGAUGCCAAGUCCCUCGAUGGGGAGCAGAAACACCUUCAGCCGAGAUGACAGAAGUCUGUCUCGAAUCAGAAGCAGCCUGGGAACCUCGUCUUCCUCUGCAUCCAGCCUCGAGAGUGAGACUGAGGGAAGUGAACUAAGGGCCCGAAACGUUCGAAGUGAGAACGACCUUGAGUCCAUACCCAAGAGGUGGUCAGGAUAUUCAGCCCCGCAGGUGGAUUUCUAUGGACCAAUGGUGGGAAACCCUCCACCGGAGCCCUAUGCUCUGCCACAGGCCCCCCCUCGGGCCCAGGCAGUUGACCUGCCUGGGAUCCUGUACAGCCUGUCCAGAGAAGGCCCUUCAUUGGACAGUGAAUACUCCCAGGACAGCACAGAAGACGCCAGUGACUGGACUUCAUCACUCAUGAGUCGAAGCCGUAACCGCCAGCCUUUAGUGCUCGGCGACAACGUCUUUGCAGACCUCGUGGGCAACUGGCUUGACCUGCCGGAGGUGGAGAGGGAAGAGGGUGAAGAAGAGGAAAGGAGGAAGAUGAGGGAGGCAGACGGAGCAGUUGACAGGCCGGACACUCCAGCUCACCCUCUACGCCUCAGCCGCUCGCAGGAGAUCUGCAGGAAGUUCUCUUUUACCACAAACAUCUUCAAGAAGUUCCUGCGCAGCGUCCGGCCCGACAGGGACAAGCUGCUCAAGGAGAGGCCGGGCUGGAUGGCUCCUGAGCUGUCAGAGGGCGACCUCUUCAAAAGGCCAAAGAAAGUGGCUCCUAAAAGUUCAAAAGGCAGCUUCUAUCUGCCCUUCUGGGCAAAUGGACAGCAGGGCAAAGGCCGGCCGUGCCAUUUAGCUGAAGCAGAGAGAGACCACCAACACCAUUUUUCCCAAGUCCACCAGCAGCCAUUUGCCGGGAUUUAUUUAGACAGGAGACAGCCAGAGACUGGUCUGGAGAAAAUGCAGCCCUUGUUUGACUACAACACAGCUGUGUGGGUCUGACAGUGAGUCUCGGGCCUACAGACUGUCAGUGAUGCCAAACUGAGGGAGCAACAGGUGCUCGGGGGGAUUUUGGCGGUGCUGUAGUGCGAAUGAAUGAAUGACUGAACGAGAGGCUUGGCCACAGUUAUCUUCCAAAAAUGAACAGAUGAACUCUUCACCCAGAACGAGAUUAUCAGGGCAACAUUUUGUCUGACAAUCCAAAAAAACUAAACCUUGUUUGCUGUGUGUGUUUCCAAGUGUGUGUGCGUGUGUGCUCUAGUGUGAGACAGCUUUUUCACUUAUGCUGCAAGUUUUGUAUUAUUCCAAUUUAUGGCUAUUUGUGAGUGCAUGUAUGACUGGGUUUUUCUUAUAAUUUAAAAGACGGUACAUUGAAAUGGACAUCUUUCUCAGAAUGUCACCAACAUUACAGAUCUUCAUUUAAUAAUCCAGAUACUUUUUACUGCUAUGCUACAGGAAUCUCAUAUCACACUUCUUUGGAUCUAUGAAUAGAAACACCAACUGUUAGAUUGCAUGGUUACAGUUUUUAUAAGUGAUGCUCCAAACAGCUGUUACUGAACGCACUGCCACUGAACACAGUCAUAAGAUCACGUUUGUUUCCAGCAGGCCUCGAGUGACUUGGAAACUCAGGUUUAACUGAACCCAUCCUCAUUCACCUUGCUCAGGGAAUGAAUGUUACCGGAGUUUACUACAAGACACUGCCGCAUAUAAAUGUAUUUCAAAUAGAGAAGUCUCCUCUUGCCUAAAAAGACGUAACAGCAAUACAGUGCAUGACUCGUUCCAAUACUGCACAUUAAACGUUGAGAUUCCUCCCUCGUUAUCAGCUAGGUUGUGGUCAUGUUAGAAAUAUGGCUGGGCGAUAUAUGGAAAAUCUUAGAACAGAAUAUAAUUGAUCAAAUACAUCAAUAUCGUGACUAUAAUGUUGUGUUGACCAUUGAUGUUUUCACACAGUAUCAAUACAAUGACCAUUUUUAUAAAUAAUCAUCAGUAAUGUGACUAUAAUGACCAAAUGGGUAUUUGUAACACAGCCUUCAAAAUCAGGAUAAGGAAAUACCAUAUCCAAAAUGUAAGACGAUAUCUAGUAUGAUAUUACGGAAAUGAUCCAAAUAUCAAUAUAUUGCCCAGCCCUAUUUAGAAAUGCUCGUUAUUCUUCUCCGCUGUGUAGACAUGGCACAUGUUCAGUCAACCCAGAGAGAGGAGGGGGUAAAGAUGGCAGAGCCAACAUGGAGAACCGACUGACUGACUGCCAUCUGGUACCCGUCGUUAUGUAAAGCUCGUUCGCCACGGCCUCAAAGAAGAUGCAAACGGGCCUGUUUAAUCCCAAAGCUCUGAGGAUGAACUGAAUUUUGCCAACAGAGUUAUAUACUGUAUAUAUAUACACAAGUCAUAGGACUGUAACAGGGAUGAGACAGUUAAAAGUCGAGGUAAAGACCCGUAUCUCCAUCACACAGGAUCAAUGUACAGAGCAUUGUACAUAUUUGUCAUUAACCAAACAGCAGCAAUAACGAACAUUUCAUGUAAUAUUCCCAUCGCAUGGUUAUCAUUAUUCUGCAUAAAUAUGUCACAGGAAGGUUACAUUAAACAACCAUGUGUAUUUCAACCACAAACUCAUGAGUAAAUAUUGCAGUAUCUAUUCUUUUGUAUAAUAAACUGAUUCAGUGUUUUUCAUUUCAAGCAGCCUCAUAACCGUUUAAAACAAACUACAGCUUCCUUUACAAUUUCACAGAACCUUCAGGAUUCCCCUCAGGAUAAUGGAUGGCACUGCCCGCUCUGACUCUAAAUACAUUGUUUUAUAGAGGACCACUGUUAUGCAAGGACAAUCUGAUGCUCUAAUUUAUCAUUAUUAUGUAAAAAGGUUGUUAAUUUCACUCAGUUUAAAAAGGAUCCCAGACCAAUCAAGUUAGCCAGCAGGGAUUAGGCCUGAGGUCUUUUGAGUGUUGGCCAUUCGAUCCAUAUGGUGUUGUCUCAGUAUUCAGGUCAAUACACACACAACUGUACAUUCAGAGGGUCCAACUCACACAGAGGGUUUCUGCUGAGAAGUGUGAGGUUUCAUAUUACACAGAUUGUGUAUGUAAAAGUUACAUUUAUUACUUACUAUUUACAGUUGUCUAAGUGUCAUUUUCAGCACUGUUGUGGAUAUUUUUCAUCAGGGUUCUGCGAACCUUCAGUAGUGAUUUUGUGUCAUGUGUACUGUAAAACUGUCACUGACUCUUUGUUAAUUAAAUCUGAUUUCAGAAA